AUGGCUGCUCAAGCUGGCGCAGAAGAUCCUCUUGUCUCGGCCUUGCCUCCGGCCACCGACUACAUGACUUACCUGACGUUAUUGGAGUAUCAACUGACCCCUCGGAACCUUCCCACAUUGAGCAGACUCCUUAGCGACGAUGACGGUAAACUUGCCGAAGAAAUCGGAUGGGAUCUGUUGAAGCUCAUCCUUCCCAUGUUGAAAGAUACCCCUGAAGAAGCUAAUCGAUGCUUGGAGAUUGUUGCUCGACGGGGCAAUCCCAGAGAAGUCGUCGUUCGCGUUGCCGAAGAGCUGGAGAAGCUGAGUGAUGAAGUCCAGGGGUCAGAAAACGAAGAUGACUUUGACGAGAGAGAUGACCAAGAUGACCUGCCGACCUUCCCUGGGGAAGCACCUCGAGUCCAUCUGGGACAGAUGACCCUGCAAGGCAUGCCCGCCGAUAUGCCAUCCCAUGAAGGCGCCGGCGAAUCGGGCAAUGUACAGGAAACAGUAUCAGACAAGGCACUAAAGUUGCAAGCCCUCUUCAAUAUGUUGAGCAUCCUUCACCCUAGGAUCAAAACACAGUUUCCCAGUCGCUUUCUUGCAACAUCCCUGCCGGCCGCCCUGGGCGCUUAUCGACAGGUACCCAUCUCGACCGUGACUACUUCUUCAUUCUUAACCAUGCUGGAGAAGAUAGCCGGCAGGAAACGGCCUCCAUUGCCUCCACGCACCAGCACCCAAGGUGAGGGACCGUCUUCGAGCAAAGUACCACAGGAUGUGCCUGCGUCGACCGCUCCUUUGCCGGAUCCAGAGGCUAAGGCUGAAGAGGAGGACACUGGGGUCAAUGAGCCUUCACAAGGUGAAAAGGCCAUCAUUUUCCGACUACUUGACGCCGUACUACUUGAGGUCUUGGACGAAUAUAUGUCCUCACUGGCAACUCACGACCAUCCCUCCAUGUCCUGGACCGCUCGACUGCGGGAAUAUUGCGAGCCAAGAAGGGUUGUGCCUGGGAGGCCGACAGAAAACGCGGUCUGGGAGAAAACACCAGAAUUGAAGGAACGUGACGCUCUCUUGGCCCGAUUCUUCUCAAUAAGCAAGCAGAUGCAACUCGACGCUAACCAAGAGAUUACAAAACUCGUCCACGAAGACGAGGACGAAGAUCUCGAGAACCCCUACCAUGACGAGACACCAUCAGAAUACCCAACUAAGCCAUCUCAAAUCCCAUUCCCCAGAGCCGGAGUCAUCUUCCUACACGCUUAUCAAUCCUAUAUAAACCCUUCCGACACAGAACCGCUGCUUACCACCUCCGAGCUCACAAAACUUAUCGCGCAUUCGUUUCCCCUCAGCGCAACCCCCACCAUACCGCUGCCACCACUCCAGGACUCGCUCCUUUCUCUUUUGUACAAACGAUCUCUGGCAGUCACUGCUGCCCCAACAACACCACAGCCCUCUCCAGCCAAAUUUCUCCUUUUGAUAAGCACAUUGACUCAACUCUUUACCAUCACCCCUUACCCGUCUCUCCGUGACUCGGCACAUUAUAUCGCGACAAAAUUGAUACACGCGUACCCCGAUCCAUCCCUUCGCUUACAAGUCAUUGCGCAAACACUUCGAGGAGACACGCUGAGCACUAACUGGGCAGAAAUUGAAGAUGAGCUGGAAGAGACUGAGCCGCCAGCGCCGGGGAUUGAUGAAGAGACGGGGCUCACAAGGAGCACUUCAGCGUUGCAGCCGCAUCCAAUUCCACUAGCACCUCCGCAGCAGCUCGGACUGUUGAAGGCUGUUGGGGUGGAUUGGCUGAAGGCUGAAUUUUCGGAGUGGAUUAGUGCAGGAGCGCGAGCCCAGGCUGAAGAGGUACCCAUGGUGAUUGGUGCUCUGGAUCCGUCGGCAAUCCUCUUUGCACCGAAUGAUGCGGACAGAAAAGAGGAGACGAGUGAAGACAAGAACGACACAGACCGCUCACUGAUCGAUCUCCUCUUCCCGCCGGAUAUGCCCUCACUCGCUCUCUUCUCAAGCUCCUCCACAACAACCUCGACUUCUCCAGAAGAAUCACCAUUGGACAAAUUACCCGACCUUCUUCUCUCGAUCCCUUUCUACAUCUCGACCCUUAAUCUCAUUUGCAUUGUGCUCCCACAUCUACCUUUCUCUCAGCAUCCAUCCUCAUCCCUCAAAUCUCGGAUCUCGGCUCAUCUCUCGUACCUGAACAACGCAGUGAAUUUGCUGCUUGAGUUGCUUCAGCAUGCACAGGCGUCGACUUCAAGUACGGCAUCUGGAGAACCAGGAAUGCGGGGAGGAGGCGCCGACGAGCAUGAAGGAUUCCUGGAAGAAUCGCGUGCUGAUAUCUAUGCGUUCCAGGAUGCCUGUGUCAGGGCCACCGGGGUGUGGGAGAAGGUGGCAUAA